CUCAACGCUUAUUCACUUUCUCUUGCAUAGCGAAUGGUGCAUUAAUUGCAAUAACGGUGUGCCAUCUUUGCAUUUUUUGAUCUGAAAGUUUGAAAAUUUUCAACUACAGAAGCGUGUUGCUUUCAACCGUUUUGGUUGCAUUCUAAUACUGUUUUAAUUCAGUAAUUUAUUAUAAUUUUUGGUAAGUGAAUCUUUAAACUAAAACGUUUGCAUUUGCAACCGUUAGUUCGUCUUCCGGUGAUUGAACUGGUGUCAAUUUAAACGGAAGGAGGCGAUCCUUCACGCCCAUGAGAGGCUAGAAAUGGAUAAGAAACCAGUGGUAGGCGGCAUGAGCCAACGAGAGGGACAACUGUACUCAGAUGGAAACGGCUUCUUCUACAGAGUCAAGCAGAAUCGAUCCUACGCUAAAUGGGCGCUAUUUUGUCACAACUCUUCUUGUCCAGGAACGGCUGAUCUUUUGAACCCAAACAGUGUCGACAAUGAUAAGUGCAUCGUCCAUAAGGCACCUCAUAAUUGUCAGCCCAAUAAACGUUUGUUGGAAGUGAUCGAGUUGAAGAAAAGAAUCAUGCAGAGGUGUCGAGACGAAGAUACAAAUCUCAGACAAAUCUUCAAUGAAGAAAUGGCGAAGAGUGACGAAGAAGUGGCUUCUUUCCUUUCAUGGGAAGGGAUAGAGAGUAAUAUGUUCAGGGCCAGAAAUAAGGAAGGAAACCCUCCGGAACCUGAAUCAGUGGACGCCUUUGUCUUGGCACUUGACGAUUCAGAACGGUUCAACGAUGUCUAUGAACAAACCUAUCUGAGCGGAGUGGUAGAAGACGGAGAAGAUAUUGCUGUCAUCUUCAUGGUUAAGCCGUUGUCGACCCCGUUCACAGAAGCCACUGACCUAUAUCUUGAUGCUUCGUUCACGUGUGUACCUAAGGCUCCUAAAUUCGAACGGCUGUUGAGUUUGAUGGCCGUUCAUGAAGGAUUCGCGUUUCCAGUUGUUUUUUGCCUAAUGACAAAGGGAAGCGGUUCCUUGUAUGACCAGAUUUUCGCACAUUUGAAAGAGAAUUUGCCUGAUCUGUCGCCGAAGCAUUUCAUUGGUGAUGCAUUCAAUCCUGUAUUGAAAGAUGCUGUUUCAAAAUCAUUUCCGUUGACCAAAUUUAUUGGAAGUUUCUAUCAUUAUGGACAGAGUAUAUUGCAGAAGAUGCAGAAACUUGGGUUGCUACAAUUAUUCAAAGCCAACAUGGGUUUCAAUAAGGUGGCUUAUAUGACAGUAGCACUUGCCCAUUUGCCACCUGAGAAGGUCGAAGACGGAUUAAAAUGCGUGGAGAAAUUCUUUCAUACCCAAGACCUCGAAAAAAUUCCAUCCAAUGAAAACGCCAAAAUAAAAAAAUUCUUCAGGUAUGUGAGGACGCACUGGAUUGGUGAAGUGGGCGUCGAUCAGUUUUCGGUGCACGGACAACAGGAGAGGACCGGAGACUGCCAUGAGCAAUUGCAUAGGCGACUUCUCCUUCCUCUUGGCAAACAGUCUAGUCCCAACAUUUGGACUUUCCAAAGGAAUCUGGUGAGUAUCGCGCGACAGUCUGUGAGUGAUUUCAUGCAGCUGAACACAGACCCAAUGGUGCGGCAAUAUCGGAGGAUAAAGUGGCUGCUGCUUGACUCGAAAAUCCGGACGUCUGUGUUGAAACUGAAAUCGAGCGUCAUCUCAGUAUCGCAGUUUCUGUCGGACGUGUCCUCUAAGUGCACAAUGCAUCUGCAGCCAGUGGCCGAGACCGGCAGCGAUGAUGAAGACGACGGCUGCAAUGAUAAUGAUAAUGAUGAUGAUUAUUGUCCUGAUAAUAGUGAUCAAGAAAUUGUGACGACUAAGAAGGAGAAUAAGAAUGAAGUGACUGCAACAGGUCGUACGAAAACACGUGGCGGACUGAGUGGUCUGAAAAGACGUUUAUUAUUGAACGACGAUGGUUCGCCGUCACCGCAGAACAACAAGAAGCCAUGCACUGAACAACCUGCCGCCGAAGUCGAUGCCUGUGAGAAGUUCGGCAAAAAUGUGGCCAGCAAGCUGAGGAUCAUGACCAAACAUCAGCGGUUGGUUGCGGAGAAGAUCAUCAACGACACUCUCUUCUUUGGUGAGCUGGAUAAGCUGACGCUGCAAUUCGCCACGCAGUAUGGAUCAUCACUACAAGACUUGGAUGAUGCCUCUACCGCUGACUAACUCACAGGAAGUAUAGUAAAAUUCCAUUCACUCUACCACAUAAAGCAUAUUCAUGUACAAAGUAACCACCCUAGAAAGGGGCUAAAAAGUUGAAGAAACUAUUCUUCAUAGUGCCACAUGAUUUUUUAAAAAUUUAUAGGAGAUCAUUAUUAUCAUGUUUCUAUUGGCGAAUGAAGCAUGAGGAUCUUUUGAGAAAAAACAUGUAAAUUCCAAUCUCCGCAUCAUUCAUAAAUUGGAAUUUGCACUGGUCAAUUGACCAGAGGACAAUUUCUUUAUUACUUCUACGUAACAUUUUCCCUCACUAGUCAUUUUAUGUCCCAUUCAGAAAGAGAAUGAAAUUGCAGUAUUAUGGUUAAUGAUUCUAGUUUAAAAAAAGCUAAACUAUCUUCAAAAUAGAACUAUUUUAGUAAAUUGGAUGAAUUUAUAUGACAUACUGGACAUCUAUUAUUCAUUUAUGGAGACAAUAGGUAGCCCCAUUCUGUCUCCUCUACAAGUACAUCAUACAAUUUAAUUCAAAUUCAGAUUUUUUGUAUCAAAAUAUGUUACAGUACCAAAAUGUGUUACAAUGAAAAGUCACAUAGAAUUUCAUUCUAUUUGAUUGAAUAAUGUCAAUCAUUUCUGUACUCGAAAGCUAACCUUCUCCUGUUCAAUGAACUAGAUAGGCUGGUACCCUAACCAAUUAAAGAAAGUUUAUUUGUGGGAAACUCAGUGUGAAGUUUUACAUCUUCAACUGACUUUAUUCGAUAUUAUUUAAUGCUGUAUUAAAUUACAUUGAUAUUAAAGUAUAAUUCAGCAAUAUUCAAAUUGGAAAAGUAAUAAUCUAUGAACAGAAAAUAUUUUUUUAUAAAUUUGUGAUAGUGAUUCGUGAUAGUCUUGAAUCAACUGGUGGAAAUAUCCUUGAUAAAAUGUUAUUUUCUCUUACCCUCACACUAUAAUACAAAAAUGAAAACUAAAAAUUGUUUUACCACAAUUAGAUAUCAUAAAAUAAUCUGUUUUCAUUAUAUGUACCAUAAUUAUUACUCAUACUCUAUAGAUUUUUCAUUAAAGUUUUAUAUAAACUAAAAAUCAAUCGUUCAUUUUUUGUAAAUAACGACCUCAGCUCUAUAAAAGUUGUGGUAUACCGUAAUGCUUAGAAUGGUAUUAUAUUUGCUCAGAGAUCAAGGUUCCUCUUUUGC